UCCACCACCACCCGCCCACCGGGACUCGCAGGUGCCGCCACCGGCCGCCCCCGUCACCGGGAUGCUGCUCUCCAAAAUCACCUCGCUGGCGCAUCUCCGCUCCGGCACCGGCGCGGAGCUGCACCCCGCCAAACUCCAGCCAGGGAAGGAGAAGGAGCCGCUGGAGCAGCUGUACCGGGUGGGCCCUUUGCUGGGGAGCGGCGGCUUCGGCAGCGUCUACUCCGGGAUCCGCCUCUCGGACGGCGCCCCGGUGGCGAUCAAACGCGUGGCCCGGGACCGCAUCUCGCAGUGGGGAGAGCUGCCCGGCGGCAGCCGCGUGCCCCUCGAGAUCGUGCUCCUGAACAAGGUGGGCUCCGGCUUCCACGGCGUCAUCCAGCUCCUGGACUGGUUCGAGCUCCCGGACAGCUUCGUGGUGGUGAUGGAGCGUCCGGAGCCGUCGCAGGACCUCUUUGACUUCAUCACGGAGCGGGGGUUCCUACCCGAGGAGAUGGCGCGGGGGCUGUUCCGCCAGGUGCUGGAGGCCGUGCGGCACUGCAACAACUGCGGCGUCCUGCACCGCGACAUCAAGGACGAGAACAUCCUCCUGGACCUGGCCACCGGUGAGCUCAAGCUCAUCGACUUCGGCUCCGGUACCUUCCUCAAGGACACGAUCUACACCCAGUUUGACGGUGAGCCCACACCCGGGUGAUAUUCCCGGUUCCGGGCAUUGCACGGGCUCUGGAGAUUCCCUGUU